UAAUAAACAAAAAAGCCUUGGAACCUAAAAGUGACAGCCACAGUAAAAAUAAUAUGAGGAUUCUGUUCAAACUAAAAGAUGGAGAAGUGCAUCGUACAACACUGAUAAAAACGGAUGGAAAUAAAAAUGCUCAACAGCACAUGGACUCAGACAUAAAUACAAAAAAUGCUGAGGAAAAUUUUAAUAAGCAGAUCAACAACAACAUAAUCAACAUUUGCAAGGCAGGAAUACUGGGAAGUAGGUCGAGAAGAAGCCCCUCAGUCUGUAGCCCGACGGAGGGAAAGGCCACAGAAGAGUACAUUAUAAAGGAAAAGUCACUAACCAUCGAGGAUGGAAGAGUGCAGGUGGAGCUGGUCAACAGACAGAAUCCAGAGGACACUCACUUGGAGUCCUUCCCUCUGGACGAACCCUUCUACAUGGAGCAGAUCAAAGAGACAGCAAAGCUUAGGGCGUCUCAGGUGAAGGGAAGUGGAACACAGUUUCUCGAGCAGAUAAACAAAGGCAUGGCUGUGUACGGGAUUGUAGUCGGCUUCAUCGGGGCUGGGAAGUUCUUUGCAGAAAACGACAAUGUCCGAGGGGCCUUCACCUUGACCCAGUCUCUGCAUGGGCUGGGGGAUAUGGCUGGGCUAAACCAGCAGCUCUCCAGAAUGUCCCAGAAAAUAUUUCAAGAAGGUCUCCAGAAAGCUACGGAGGCACUAGGUGUGGAAAAGUCCUUUGCAGCGAUGAGCAGCUCAGUGGAAAGGUUUGGCGAUAGUGCUGCAGGUCAGUUCCUGAAGAACAUUCCUAUCAUCAGCCUGGGUUUUCAAUCCUAUUUUAUUGCAGAAGAUUCUAUUGCCAUUCAAAAACAUGAUGGGUCUGACCCAGAGCAGAGAAAAUACCUUGGUUUAAAGGUUACAAACCUAGUCUUGGAUGUGUCAACAACCGUGCUUACGUUAGCUGAGGUGGCCUUCCCUCCAGCAGCCAUUGUGCUGGAGCCCAUAAUCAUUGGGCUGAGUGUUGCAAGGAUGUCUAUUGGUGAUUUUUACUGUGAUGUUGUGAGCGAACUAGACCAGCUUCCUAAAGGAGCUGGCGAUUUCGAUAAAAUGAUCGCUGUAAUGGCUGGACUGGAGGAAGGUGCUGUGGAUUUUGUGACAGGGGGCCUGCUAAGAGAACUGAAGGGCCUUGAAAAAGAACAGAGGCAAAACAAAGAACUGCUGCACAACCUAGCGACCCCUGAGUCUUACUUCAAAAUAACUGCUAAUAACAGCACUCUGGACCUAACAGAAGGCAUUCUGUCCCAGUAUGGUGGUUUUGUGACUGUUUGGCUGUCAAAUGAUGGCAAUAUUAGGAUCCAGAUAGGGGGUGUUCCAGAUGGAAAGGAUGGGGUCAAAACAAUAGAAGUAGUGAAGCACUACCCAAACAUUCAGAGCAUUGCCCUAGCAUUUGGGGAAUCAUCACAGGUCCUCUACACUGAAAAGGCAGCUCAUCUGUUGUGGAUCAUCCCAGUGAGUUAUGAAAAAGUAUUUUGUGGAGAAAUCAAACUCCAUUCCUCGUUGUUUGGCAGUUACUAUGGGAAUGACCAGGCAAACCAAUUUUUUGCCCCACAACUACCCACAAAAAAGCAAUCUUUAACAUCCAAAGACCCCUGUGCACAUGUUGGGCUGGACCUGGAGUUUGUCAUAAAGAACUAUCACUACAACAUUUAUGGUCAUGGGGGAGAUGACACCUUUUUCCUGGGGCCACAGACAUCAAAACUGUCUGGGGGAGAAGGGAGGGACUUUUACAUUUUUCCAACAGCUGGAAGCCAUGCUGAGAUUGAUAAUUUUGCUUAUGAUACUUUGGAGGACCACCUGCUAAUAAAAGCCCCUUUUAGCCACAUUGAUUGUGUCAGGAAGAACACAGACCUUCUCCUUGUCUAUGGGUCGCAGAGGUACACAGUUACUGUCAGAGACUGGUUUGCUCACAGCAAUACUGAUCAUUACCAGCACAUGAAAUUUCAGUCAGCAGAUGAUAUCAUGUUCAAGGUUGCAGACAUGGGUCUUCUAGGCCACAAGUUCCAUGCUAACUGUGUUCCAGAAUCACUGGACAAAACAAGAUCACAGAGUCCAGUCUCUGUCAGGCUGGCAGGAGAUUUUAACAGUGUGAUCACAGUACUGGGCAGUAAUUACUCAGACAGCAUUGUGGGUAAUGAGAAGGACAAUGUUUUUAAUGGAGGCCCUGGAGCCGACAUGCUAGAAGGUGGAGAGGGAGCAGAUACUUAUGAAAUAUUCCAGGGCCAAGGCUGUGACAAGGUCAACAACUAUGCCAAGGACCAGAAAGUGGACCUGGUGGUCUUACAUGUGCCUUUCAGACGGAUUCGCGCAGACCUGAGGGGCGAGGAUCUCCUGGUCUUUGAUAUGGAGGACAAGGACUCAACAUGCAUCCUGCUAACAAAUUGGCAUGCCAGUAGUCUCUUUCAGCAUGUGGCCUUUCUGUCCGCAGACCAUGUGACCUUUCACGUCUCCAGCAAUGACACAGACCUGGCAAUCACCGCUCUCAUGGUUGACCUCAGUAAAGACACCCACGGUGGCAACGUUAACCUCUCAGAGUCCAAUCAACUCCUGAAUGUGAUAUCUGUCUUUGAUUCCACCCAUGAUGAUGUAAUAUAUGGCAAUGCUCUUGGGAACUUCCUGAGCUGCAGUGGGGGUGUAGACAUCUUACGGGGAGCAGGCGGAAGUGACAAGUAUGUAGUAAAGUCAGGAUGCAAGAGUGCAUACAUUGCCAACUAUGCACAAGACCAAGCCAGUGAUGUUCUGUUCCUGGAGCAUCCAUUUGAGAACCUCAGAGUUAGGUAUCAAUCCUCUGACCUUGUUUUGACUGUCGAAGAUUCAGAUAUUAAAGUGCACUUACAGAAUUGGCUCAUGGGUAAACAGUUCCAGCACCUGGUAUUACAGACUAUUGAUGGUGUGAUUUCCAUGUUACCAUUAAAUGUGUCUGAGUCAGAAAUUCUAACUCCCAUUGAGAUUACUCUCAGCCAAGAAAACUGCGCUGAUUAUAAAAAGGAGUUUGAUUUCAGCAAAGACCCCUUUACAAAAGUAGAAAGAUUUAAAGCAAAAUCUGACAAGUGUUCUUAUAGUGUGAUUGGAAACAACAUGAAUAACUACAUAGACCCAGGAAUUGGUAAUCCUAUGAACUACCAGUAUCUGAAGGGAGGGAAUGGGUCAGACACCUAUGUCUUUGGUCACAAAUAUGGUCGUGGAAAUGAGAUUGAUAAUGAAGCCAAAGACAUGAAAACAGACAAUCUUUUUUUUCAAGUCCUCUACAAAGAUAUUGUAGUCCUUCUGGAGCACCCUCAUGUCACCUUGUCCUCAAGGUCAAGAAACGACUCUGUCCAUGUGCGCUUGCUCAAAUAUUUGCAUGGUCCAGAGCAGCAACACCUCCUGAUUCGGUCAUCAGAUGGGGUCUCAUUUUGGGUCAAUCCUAACUCUUACCCAUACAAGUCAGUUGUUUCCAUUGAUGCCUCAACCUCCACAAAGAGUCGCAAUAUCAGCUGUGCUGAGGGGGAAGAGUACCUCAGGGUAUCCCAAAUCUAUGGGACUACUGGCUUCAGCAACUACAUCACCGGGAGCAGGAGCAGCUCUCUCAUCAUUGGAGGCAACAUGGCUGACUAUCUUCUUGGCAAUGAGGGAAGUGAGAGGAUUGAAGGACACGGAGGAAAUGAUAUCAUAAAUGGCCAAGGUGGGGAUGACAAUCUCUUAGGUGGGAAGGGGGAUGAUGUUAUCAGGGGUGGUGCAGGAAAUGAUAUGAUCUAUGGUGGGUGGGGGGCAGACAAGAUAGAUGGAGGCCCUGGGGUUGAUGUUGUGUUCUUCAGCGGAGACGUGAGAACAUCCACUGGCGUAAAAGUGGACCUGAGCAGUGGUAGAGGGGAGUGGGCCGAUGCAGAGAAUGACACGUACACGGACGUGGAGGAUGUGAGUGGGACAAACUUUAACGACUUAAUCAUUGGAGAUGAGGAGGACAACGAGCUAGUGGGAAAGUUUGGUAAUGAUACCCUGGUGCCAGGACAUGGCUCAGAUGUCCUCUUUGGUGGGCCAGGGAAUGACCUGUACAUCCUGGAUGACUGCAGCGGUGUGAAACACAUAAAUAAUUUUGCUUCGGACAUGGCCCUAGAUUACAUUCUAAUUCGUGACUUCAAUGCCAACGACGCAUGCUUCUUCCUUCAGGAAGGAACUCUCAUUAUUUCUUUCUCCCACCAUGAUCCUUUAUUGAGUCUCAUCCAGAGAGAUUCUCUAACUGUAGUGCUGUACAACUGGAGCAACAAUGAUUCCUUUUACCAACAUGUUGAUUUUGUUUUUGCCCAAAACUCCCUGAUCACCUCCGCCUUCUUCAGUUCAGCUGAGGAAAUCAGCCCCUCUCUCUUGGAGAUAAACUCUACGAGACCCACCCUCUACACAAGGCAAGCUAAUGAGACGGCAGUAGAGAUUGAAAUCAAAGUACCAAAUGCAGGGGAGAGUUCCUGGUACACUCGUAACUCCAAAUUCAAGUACCAUUUAAAAGUGUCUGAUCAGCUGUUCUUUAGUGACAGUCUCCAGUGGACAAAUCAGCCUCUCAUCGAACACUCUGGUCUUCUCUCUGGGGUUCUUUACACGUUUCAGUUCUUUAUAAUGCUCUGUGAAGUUCCCGUUCUAGUGCUUGCUGAGACAACACACUUGACAAACCCCAACCCUCCAACAUCUGUACACCUGACCAAUGUCACAGAUAGCAGUGCAGUGAUCAUUUGGGAACGACCAUCUUCAGACUCUGACCCAAACAGCGAGCAGUACACUUAUGUAGUGGAAGUACAGAGUCUGGCAGAUGGUCAUACAAUGCAAUUCAUGACCAAUUACACAAAAUUAGAAAUUACUCAUUUAAAUUCUGCCAGUCGUUACAAAGUGUCUGUGUCAUCAACGAUCAAAGGGGUAAAGAGCCUGAAAUCAAAGAUCCGACUCAUGGAGACUACAAAUCUGUGUCCGAACUUUAUUGCACCGGAGGGGACUAGAGUUGUUGAUGAAAAGAUGACUAGACAUGGUCCAGUGGUGGUGAUAGAGUGCCGACAGGGCUACCGGAGUACCUCCAGCCUUGAAAUACCAUGCUUAGGAGACAUGGCCCUUCGUCCGUGUGUCCCCAAGUCAUGUGCUCAUCAGGGUGAAGUUUUUGAUCACGGGGAGAUUAUUCUUAAGGAAUGUUUCGACUUACGUUUAGUAAGUCGCUGUCGGUUUGGAGACCUUUUUCCUCCCAUAGUAACCUGCUGUCAUCCAAUUCCGCAGAUUGCUAAUGGCAGUCCAAAAUAUUCAUAUCGCCGACAUCCUGUAUCCAUUGCUGCUGAAUAUGACUGCAAUACCGGAUAUGACCUUUCAGGUCCCCGUCAGUUUGACUGUAAUCCUCAAACAGGACAGUGGUCCAGCCCCUUCCCACUCUUUCCAUCUUGUGUCCCAAUCACCUGCCCUGCUCCACCCAAGGUUGACCAUGGGAAACUCCUUGUGAUCCGUGGACGUCCAGGACAAUACGAAGAAGGGGAUGUUUUGCGACUGGUUUGUGAUGACCUCUACCGUCCCUCUUCGGUGGAUUUGAUAACCUGCCACAUUGGGAAAUGGACACUCAUUUCUUCCUGUGUGCCAAGUGUUCAACUUGUGAAUGUCAUCAGCACAGACUCCAGACUUCAUGGACUGUUACAGAAGUGGGACUCAGGCUCAUGGAGUAGUGAAAUCACCACUAUGGAACUUAAACACCUUGCAGAAUUCUCCUGUGAAGAAAGAGGUCUAAAGUUUCGGAGUCAUACAGUAAGCUGGUACCAUAGAAAUGUAAAGGUGGAGUGUACCAAGCUAAAACUGGAAACUUCUAGGGGCGACUAUGUCGGAAGACCUGAGGGAAACUAUGAAAAUGGGGGCUGGAAAAAAAUAUGCAUUGAAGACGAAACUGCAGCACAAGCCUUCUGCCGAAACCUGUUCCCAGACCAGAUUGGCUGGACAACAAGAGUGCUGCGGGACAGUGGUUUCCACUCCGGGUAUAGCUACCGCUGUGAUGGCGGCUGCAGGUUCGAGACAGAGUCGCGGAUGUGCUACAGGCAGAUCCAGUGCAGGGCCACAUGCGACCCACUUUCGGUUCCCAACGGCCAAGUGAGCUGUGACUCUGCUUCUGAAGGGGAGUGGUGCAAUGUGCACUGCAAUCGACUCUAUCGACUGGAAGGCGAUCGCACUGUUCAGUGCAGGAGUGACGGAUGGUCAGGAGCCCCUUAUUGCAUUGAGACUGGGGAGUGUGGUGAGAGCUCUGAACGUGGACCCCAUUCUGUCGGCUGCUUGACCAAGCUGUGGACUGAGGUUGGCUGUAGAACUGAAGCUAAUCUCUCUCCAACCAGAAGACCGGACUACUGGUCAAAGUAUAAUUAUCACACUGUAAGGGAAGUAAGAGAAUUUAUGGCAAGUUUUCCUGACUCUGAUUAUCCUAUGAGGUAUAACCCUGACUGCCAAUUAGAAGAGUGUUUCCCCGGCCACUCCACUGUACUAACAGUCGAGGGGAGCAGGAAGUCUAUGUCCGAGCUGCGGCUGGGCGACAGGGUUCUGUCCCUGGGUGCGGACGGUCGCCUCACCUUCAGCGAGGUCAUCCUGUGGCUGGACCGCCGUCCGACCGCCAGGGAGCGCUACGUGGUGCUGAGCACGGAGGGGUCCCCCGAACCCCUCACCCUGUCGGCCGACCACGUCACCUUCAUCGCCCCGUCCAACGCCACCGCCGCCUCCUCCGUCGCCAUGGUUCCCGUGUUAGCCAAAGACCUGCGGCGGGGCCACCUGCUGUACCGCCUCCGCCUGGGGGGCGGGGCUCUGGAGGCCAGCCGCGUGACAGACGUGCGGGAGUCCGAGGAGCUGGGCGCCUACGCUCCCAUGACCGUGGAGGGCAAUCUGAUCGUGGACGGGCACCUGGCGUCCUGCUACGCCCUGCAGUGCCGUCAGUACCUGGCCCACCUCCCUUUCGCCCCCUACAGGCUGCUGCACUUCCUGCGCUCUCACGUCCCCCUCUUCGAACGCCUGUUCCCCGUCAGGAAAGAGCAGGAGGACGAGGGUAUGCACUGGUAUGCCGCAGCCUGGCACGAGGUGGGCCAGUGGUUUGGGUACCCAUUUGGAAAGACCUGCUACCCCACAGAGCUUCAGCUGUACCACUAUCCCGAAGAGUUUCACAUGUAACAUUGUAUGGCAGAGUGUCCACCACGACCAUUAUUCCUAAAUUUCAAUUCAAUUCAAUUUUAUUUGUAUGUUAUCCUUGACAGUACUUACCUGUACCAUUACACCUGGGAUUGUCCAUCUGUAUUAUUAUACCUGAGAGUAUCUACUCGUGCCAUUAUCCUUGAGAGUGCUUAUUGAUACCUGAUUAUACCUGAUAUACCUAUAAAUUUUGAAGCCCAUGUUAGAAAUGUCACAAAAUCAGCUUUUUAUCACUUAAAAAACAUUGCUAAGGUGCAGGGUUUUAUUUCACAGUCUGAUUCAGAGAAACUAGUACAUGCUUUUAUUAAUAGCAGGCUUGAUUAUAGUAAUGCUCUCUUUUCUGGUCUCCCCAAAAAAACUAUUGGUCGAUUACAACUCAUACACAAUGCAGCAGCAUGAGUUCUGACCAGGACCCGGAAGAGAGCACAUAUUACACCUAUUUUAAAAUCUUUACAUUGGCUUCCUGUCAGUUUUGGAAUUGAUUUUGAAAUUAUUUUAUUAGUUUACAAAUCCCUGAAUGGUUCAGCACCUGAGUACAUGUCUGACAUGCUUCAGAGGUAUGAACCUGCCAGGUCCCUUAGAUCCUCUGGUACCGGCCUUCCUGUUGUUCCAAAAGUAAGGACUAAAAAGGCUGGGGAGGCAGCUUUUAGCUUCUAUGCCCCCAGCCAUUGGAACACCCUGCCAGAGGAUCUGAGGGACACAGAAACAGUAGAUGGUUUUAAACGGAAAUUAAAAACAUACCUCUUUAGCAUGGCCUUUACAUAGAAUGCUCUUAUAUGCCCCCGAUUUUUAAACUUCUAAAAUUUAAAAUUUUUAAAAUUUAAAAUUUAAAAUUUAAGAUUUUUAAAUUUUAUUGAAUUUCUUUUAUUUUGUUUUAUUUAGCUAUCUCAGUAUAAUGUUUUUGGUAUCUCUAUUUGUACUAUUUUCUAUUUUCUCCACUGUAACACUUUUUAAUGACUUCAAAUCAAAAAUGAAAUUUUUGAUUUGAUUUGAUUGAGUGUCAACAUGUACCAUUAUACCUGAAAGUGCUUACCUGUACCCUUAUACCUGAAAGUGUCCACAUGUACCAUUAUACCUGAGAGUAUCAACGUGUACCAUUAUACCUGAGAGUGCUUACCUGUACCAUUAUACCUGAGAGUGCUUACCUGUACCAUUAUACCUGAAAGUGUCCACAUGUACCAUUAUACCUGCGAGUAUCAACAUGUACCAUUAUAUCUGAGAGUGCUUACCUGUACCAUUAUACCUGAGAGUAUCAACAUGUACCAUUAUACCUGAGAGUGCUUACCUGUACCAUUAUACCUGAGAGUGUCCACCUGCAUGAUUAUACCUGAGAGUGGCUUUCUUUUACCUUACAAUACAUUUAAAAAAAAAAAAUAAACACUUGAAAUGAGCUCAACCUGGAAGCUGAA